UUCACCUGUUCUUAGAGAAUGGAUGUUAGUGGACGUUAUUGGAGAUUUUCUUUACUGGAAAGAAAGAAUUUCACCCAUUGUCUUAAAAAUGAAUGUCACCAGCAGAGAUAUAUCUCGCUAUAUUCCGUUACCAAAAGGCUUCGACGUGAGAGAUCUUCUGGUCGUAGACAAAGAUCGACAACCGGAAGGAAAAUGCCAAUGUGUUCAAGGCUACUGUUCCAUCAUAAAUGGUUCACGAACUUGUCAUUGUGAAAGUGGUUUCAAUGUCAGUGGCCACGCUUGCACAGAUAAUGAUGAAUGUUUGUCAUCUCCGUGUAAUCUAGCCAUUUUCAUCUCGUGCAACAACACCCCAGGUUCUUACGAAUGUAUAUGUAAGAAAGGUUUCUAUUCCAAUGGAACGGCGUGUCUUGAUAUUGAUGAAUGUAAUUCAUACCCGCAGUGUAACUGUCUAAGUUCAAGAAAAGAAAAGUGUAUUAACACACCAGGUUCUUGCAAAUGA